AUGAUGGUCGCGAAGCCUGCCACGUCAUCAGUGCCUGCCACGUCAUCAGUGCCUGCCACGUCCGCACUGCCUGCCACGUCAACCUUUCCUGCCACGUCGACGGUACAUGCCACGUCAGCAAGGCAGGCUGAGGAGGCGGCAAGAGCAGGUCAACAGCGAGCAGCAAGCGUGCGUUCGGACCAGGAGCGGGCGGCAGAUGAGGUGCGGAUGGCAAGUCGGGCGGCAAGUCAGAUACGGGCGGCAAGUGAGGUGCAAGUGUUGUCCUUUGCGCAAAGAGCAGGAACACACAUGAAUGAGGCUGCAAGAGAGGAGGCUGUGAAGGGAACGCAGUCGAGAGGUGGGAGGGGAGGGAGGGGGCGAGGUAAGGGGGUGGGGCAGAAAAUAUUGGAGGAAGGACGAGAGGGGGGUGGAGGAGGGAGGGGAGCAGGGAGAGGCAUGGGAGGGGGCAGCAGCCGGGGCGGAAGGGCAGAGAGAGGGAGGGGUCGAGGAGCGGAGCGAGGGAGGGGGAGACUGGCAGAGGGAGGGAGAGGGAGAGGGAGAGGGAGAGGGCGAGGGGUGGAGCGAGGUAGGGGGGUAGUAGCAGGAAGAGGGAGAGGGGGAGGGAGGGGGCGAGGGAGAGGGGUGGUAGGCGGUGGGGUGCUGAUAGAGAAAAAAGACAAGGGAACGGCAGUGAAACGCGCAGUUAGUGGUGGGACGAGAGGGCAUGGGGCGGAAGCAGGGGAAGAGGAAGAGGAGGCAGAAGAAACAGAGGGCGAGGAGGAGGAAGAGGAGGAAGAAGAAGAAGACGAAGAGGUGGGAGAGGAGGGAGAGGGGGAAGAAGAGGAAGAGACAGAGGAGGAGGGAGGGGACGAAGCAGAGGAGGACGAGGCGUUGUUGGAGUUUGCUCGGCAGAUCUGUAGCCUGUCCGUGCAGCAGGUGGGGGGGUCUACCAGGAGUUAUGCGCCAUCCCAAGGUGAUGGGGAUGGGGAGACGACGGGGAGGGGAGUGGGAUCAGCUGAGGGUGUGGAGACGAGGGGGACGGGAGUGGAAGCAGCCGGGGGUGGGGAGAAGGGUGGGAGGGGAGGGAGGACAGGUGGAGGUUUUGGGAAGAAGGGGAGGGGAGGGAGGGAGGGUGAGGGCGAUGAUUGGUUGUUGGAGGAGAUUGAAGGGCUGCUGGGAGGGAUGGGGGGAAGAGGGAGAGGGGGGAGAGAGAAGGGGGGAAGAAAGGCAGGGGUGAGAGAGUCAGGGGGUGAAGCAGUAGCAGGAGGAGAAAAGAGGGGGGGUAAGGGGCGGAGGGAGGUUAGUGAGUUAGGCGGGGAAGUUGAGGGGAGGGGAGUGAAAGGGGGAAGAGGUGGCGGAAGGGGUAACAGGGGGAGAGGAAGAGGGCGGAAUGUUGGGGAGGCGAGAGUUGAGGGAGAGGUGGAGUGUGGGGGAGAAAUCGGAUUUCAGCAAUCGAGAGGAGGGAGGGGGAGAGGUAGAGGAAGGGGGAGGGCGUCGACUCUUGAUGAUGAGAGAGAGGAGGGCGGCAGAGAGGAGGGCGGCAGAGAGGAGGGCGGCAGAGAGGAGGGCGGCAGAGAGGAGGGCGGCAGAGAGGAGGGCGGCAGAGAGGAGGGAGCAGAGGGCGGAAGGGGAAGGGGACGAGGGGGAAGAGGGGGAAAGGCAGGAAUCGCAACAGGGGGGAAGGGAGGGGGAGUGCAAGGGGUGAUGGGCAGGGGAAGGGGCAGGGGAGAGAGAGCGGUUGUGAGCGGUGACCAGCAGGGGCACUUCUCAGUGGUAUUAGCCCGGAGGGCAGGUCUGGAAAGGCGUGAAAGUGCUGAGUGUGAGAGAGGAGACAUUGAUGCUGCUCGCAUUGCUGGUGCUGAUGGGGAAAGAGGGGAAGGAGAAGAAGAAGUGGCGGAGGCAGUGGUGGUGGGAGGGUUUCAGUUGCCCCAGGCACUGUUGAUUCCACCUGGUGAUGGUGAUGGUGGUGAUGUGUGGAUGGGGGGUUGGGGCGAGGAGGAAGAGGGAGGAGAGUGGGGAGUCGCGGCUAUGAGUGAUGCUGAUGUGUCAUUGCCUCAUGCUGACGUGGCACAGCUGAGAGAGCUGCAGAAGCUUUCAGAGGCGAGGAGGCAGCUGGAGCGACAGCUGGGAGUCAUUGGAAGCUUCCUCCCACCUUCCUCCCGAAAAGUGACAUCAGCAAUUGCACCUCCUGCUGCUGCUGCUGAGUUGAUUCCCUUUGCUCCCACCCUUGCGCUUCCUGCUCCUGCUGAUGAGUCCAUGCAAGAGCCUUCCAGUACUACCUUAGCCUCCCCUGCUGCUGCUGCUGCUCCCACUGCUGCUGCUCCUUUUGCGUCUGCUACUGGAGAUGAGGCUGAUGCUGCUACCGGUGACGGUGCAGCAGCACCAGCAGGUAUGGCGGUUGGGGGGGAGAAGAGAUUGCAAGGAACGGCAGAUGGUACAGCAGCAGCAGUGGGGGCAGAGGUGGGGGUAGAGGAGGGGGCAGAGGAGACAGCAGAGGAGGAGGCAGGGGAGAGAGAAGCAGUGACAACUCCACCUGAACAAGCUUUAGUAAUCUCGGGAGACACGCUGGUGGUAACCCCUGCAGAAGAUUCGGUGGAUACGGUGGUAGCCUCAGUAGCAGGGGCGGCAGCACUGGAAGUGCAGUUACUAGCAGCGCCGGUGGGGGCACCAUCCGAACAUGCUAUUGUAACCUCGAAAGAUGCUUUGGCGGUAACCGCAGGAGAAGAUUCGGUGGUAACCCCAGGAGAAAGGGGAGCAGUUGCAGUAGGAGCAGGGGAUGUUUCAUCAGGGGCGUUGGUGGCAAUUCCAACUGAAGAGUUGGUGGUAACCCCAGGAGAAAGAGGAGCAGUUGCAGUAGGAGGGGGGGACGCUAGUGGCUUCCCCUCAGGGGCGUUGGUGGCAAUGCCAGAUGAAGGAGUGAUGGUAAUUCCAGGAGAAAGAAUGGUGGUAACUGCAGCACAAGAAAGAGCAGCUGCAGAGGGGGGGGAAGCUGCCUCAGGGGCGUUGGUGGCAAUGCCAGAUGAAGGGAUGGUGGUAAUUCCAGGAGAAGGGGGAAUAGCCGCAGAAGUAGGUGGGGAAGCCGCAUCAGAGGGGAUACCACUGCUGCUGUGUGCACCACCAGGAGGAGAAGUUCCCAGUCAGGUGGAUGGUCAGGAGGAACCAGAUGCUCAGGAGAAGGGCCAGGAGAAAACAACAGAAGCUGGCCUGGGUGGUCAAAGUGACUUUGCAGCAGGAGGUUGUGAGAUAGUUGGUGCUCAUGGCUCUGAGCCUCCUGCCGAACCUCCUGCUGCCGCCGAACCUGCUGCUGGUGCCGAAUCUCCGGCUGCGGCCACCGAACCUGCUGCAUUUCAUGCUCCAGCAGCUUCUGAACCUCUUGCCGAUCCUUCCUUUCUCUCCUCUGCUGACGUGGCAGCAGUUAGAAUCGCCCUGCAGGCCAACCGUCGCUGCCAGCUGGCGCUCCACGAUUUGCUGGCGGCCGUGGAGGCUCGGGAGGGGCAGGCUCGGGAGCUGCUUCGGCGUGUCAGAACCGUGGCUGGCAACCUGGAAGCUUCUUCUCGGGAUAUGCCAGUGAACGAGGACCAAGGGGUGUUUGAGCGGUUGAGAGGGGUGAUGCCGCUGGUGUUUCGCGGGAGGAAGUGGGGGAAGGGGGAGGUGGGGGCGUUGAGGGAGGGGGUGGAGCAGCAGGUGGUGCAGGGGAUGAUUGAAGAGGCGGUGAGGGAACGACCAGAAAUCACUCUGGAUAGGGAGGGGGUGGAGCAGCAGGUGGUGCAGGGGAUGAUUCAAGAGGCGGUGAGGGAACGACCGGAGAUCAUUUUUGAUAGGUCUCUCCUCCCGCGCACCAUAGCAGAGAUCAGAUCGCGCCAGUUCACACCAGAGGCCAUGUGUGCUGCCCCUGCCCACACGUUCCCUAAGUCUCUGCUCCAGCGGACCAUUGCAGAGAUCAAAUCUCGCCAACUCACACCAGAGGCCAUGCGUGCUGCCGUGGCGCGAGUUGAUUGGUCGACAGUUGCAGCUGCAUUUGUGAAUCCGGCCAAUAGGAGCCUCGGAAGGGGGCUGCACCUCAGGCGUACUGCACUCGAGUGCAAAUUGAGGUGGUUGAACGUGGACGAUCCGAGCAUCACGUGGGGCGAAUGGAGUGAGAGGGAGGAGGAGAUUUUGAAGGAGGUGGCGGAGAGUAGAGGGCUGUGUGGGUGGGAGGGGAUUGCAGAGGAGGUAAACCGGAGAGUGAGGGAGGAGGAGGAGGGGGAGGAGGUGGAGUGGGAGGAGGGGGGAGAGGGUGUGGGAAGGGAGGAGGAUGGGGAUAGAAGGGUGGGUGGACGAGGGGUAGGAAGGCAGAGAGGAGGGGGAGGAGGAGGGAGAGGAGGAGGGAGAGGAGGGGAAGGGAAGGGGAGUGAGAAAGGGGAGAGGAGGAGGAGGACGGCGCUACAGUGUCUGAUGGGGUACCAGAAGUGGUGGAACCCCCACGUGGCGCGACGCCAUUGGUCGGCAGAAGAGGACAGACAGCUGACAGCGGCUGUGAGGCGGCACGGGGAGGUGAACUGGGCGGCGGUGGCGCUGGGGGUGGAAGGGCGGAGCGGCAGGGAGUGCUUGCAGCGUGGCGCUGGGGGUGGAAGGGCGGAGCGGGAGAGAGUGCUUGCAGCGGUGAGUGGCUGUAAGGAGGUGAGUGGCCGUGAGGAGGUGAGUGGCCGUGAGGAGGUGAGUGGCCGUGAGGAGGUGAGUGGCCGUGAGGAGGUGAGUGGCCGUGAGGAGGUGAGUGGCCGUGAGGAGGUGAGUGGCCGUGAGGAGGUGAGUGAACGACUGGGUGGCGGUGGCUCUGGCUGUGGAAGGGCGGAGCGGCAGGGAGUGCUUGCAGCGCAUCAUCUGCGCCACGUCAGCAGAGCCGCAUGGACCCCCGAGGAGAACGACAGGCUGCGAUUGGCCGUGGGCGUGUUCGGGACUCCCCAUUGGAGGAGAAUCGCAGCUCUGGUGCCGAACCGCACCGAGGUGCAGGUUCGGGAGCGCUGGUGCAACGUGCUCGACCCGAACCUGAGGUUCGGGCCGUGGUCCGGCGAGGAGGUUCGGCGGCUGGAGGAGGCUGUGGGGAGGCAGUGGCUCAAGAUGCAUCGAAAAGGAGAGAGGCAGAAGAGACGGAGGCUAGGAGAUGCAGCAGAGGAGGCAGAUGGAGCACUGAGUGGUGUGGCGGCAACAGGGGGAGUCACACCAGCACAUGCAGCAACGGCACCGCCACAUUUAGUUUCCACGCCACCACCAAAUGCAGCAGAGGAGGCAGAUGGAUCGCUGAGUGGUGUGGCGGCAACAGGGGGAGUCACCCCAGCACAUGCAAUAGCAUCUCCACAUUCAGUCACAGCAUCAAUUGCCGGAACGGCACCACCGGACAUAGUCACACCACCACCUCAUAUAGUCACGCCAGCGAAUAUAUUCACACCACCACCAAAUGUAAUCGCAGGAACAAGUGGUACUAGUGGUAGUAUUGGUGGUGCUUCUGCUGCUGUUACUGCUGGUGGCAGUGCAGCUCCUGUCCGUUUACCUGCUGCUCCCACUAACCCUGCCCCUGCUCCUGCUGCUCCGUCCCUCCCUACUACCCUGACUAAUCCCCUCCCUGCUCCUUAUUCCCCUGCUCGUUCUGCCCCUCCCCCUGCUCCUGCCCCACUUGCUCCUGCUGCUCCUCCUGCUCCCGCUGCUCCUCUUGCUCUUGCUCCCCCUGCUCCUGCUUCUCCCCUUGCUCCUGCUCCCCCUGCUCGCGCUGCUCCCCUUGCUCCUUCUCCCCAUGCUACUGCUCCCCCUGCUCCUGCCCCCCCUGUUCCUACCCCCCAUGCUACUGCUGUGCCUCUCCCUUCUCCCUCUUCUCCACCUCCCCCUCCUCCCCCUCGCCGUCGAUUCCUGAGAGCUCCGGGGGAUUCCAGGGGGCGGGGGAAGAAGAGCAAGGGGGAGAAGGCGGAAGGGGAGAAGGCCAAGGGGAACAAGGGCGGGGCAGAGGGGGGGAAUGGGGAGGCGAUGGUGGAGCAGGGGAAGGGGGAAGGUGCUGAAAAGGCAGGGGAUGGGGUUGGGUAUGGGGGAGAGACUGGGGGAGAGGGAGGGAGUGAGGGAGGAACGAGAAGGAGUGGAGGAAUGGGAGAUGGGGAAAGUGUGAGGGAGGGAGGUGUGAGGGAGGGAGGAGGUGUGAGGGAAGAAGGUGUGAGGGAGGGAGGAGGUGAGAGGGAGGAAGAAGGUGUGAUGGAGAAUGAAGGUCUGAAUGGGGAAGAGGGCGUGAGAGGUGAGGGACAGGACGUGACUAGGAGAGAAGGAGUGAGGGGGGGAGGAGGCGUGAAAGGGGGGGGAAGAAAGGGAGGCAGGAAAGCGAGAAGGGGAGGAGUGGGAAGAGAAAUUGACAGGGAAGGGCAAGAGUCACCUGUGAGGAGCCUAAAACGGGGAAGAAAGAAACGAGGACAAGAUUUCGAGGGGCAGGAGUCGCUUUUAAGACCUGUCAAAAGGAGGAGAAAGGGAAGAGGACGUGAUAUGGUCGGGCAGGAAGAGGGAUCAGGGGCAGGUGUUGUGGCGGAAGAGGAAAUAGAUGUUUCACAGGGUUUAAUGAAUCAGGUGGGAAGAGGAGAGCAAGAGGAGAGAGGGGGACAGGAAGGAGGGGAGGGGCACGAGGAGAGAGGGGAACAGGAAGUAGGAGAAGGGCAAGAGGAGCGAGGAGAGGAGCAAGAGGACAGGGGUGGCCUAGGAGAUCCCAGUGGGGGAAUCACGGGUGGAGGAGGAGGAGCUGAGCGAAGCGAGGAGGGGGAAGAGCAAGAUGGAAGGAGGGAUGGGAAUGAACCGGAGGAUAGGAAUGGGAACGGGGCAAAGACUAGGUUUGGGAACGGGCCAGAGCCAACUGUGCGGUUGGGUGCGGUGCAGAUGGUGCUAGCAGCGGCAAUGCUGGUGCUGGUGCUAUUGCUGAUUCUUCUGCAGUAG